GGGAAGGGGUAGCCGAAGUUGACGGAACCGCCAUCUUGAAAAGUGCCCUCUGAUGAUCUCCCUUUUCGCGCCUGUCAGAAUCAGUUUUAAACGCUUUAUUUUCCUCACCGGGAUUUCGUCUCGUCUCCGCGUUCGUUUUAUCAAGGCCCGGGGCUGAUGGCAAGAUAAGGCACAUGCUGGAGACUCGCUGUUUAUCGUUGUCUUUCGGUGUGUGCUGUUGAACUGCUGUAUGUGUGCCAUUUGUCAGUCUGUCUCUCACCGCCUUCUGCCUGCCUGUCCAUCCGGCUAGCCUGGAAUGGGCCACAACUCCCAAAGACUAGAACACACCUCUUUUUAACCUCAGCCCCUUCGUCUGGACUCCAACAUACUCACAGAGCCAAGAUGUUUUGGAAGUUUGACCUCCACACCACAUCCCACAUUGACACGCUGCUGGAGAAGGAGGAUGUGACGCUGACAGAGGUGAUGGACGAGGAUGACGUCCUGCAGGAGUGCAAGGCCCAGAACCACAAACUGGUUGACUUCCUGCUGAGACCACAGUGCAUGGAGGACCUGGUCACCUUCAUCACACAGGAACCCAAUACUGAUGUUGAAGAGAAGGUUAAAUACAAGUAUCCAAACAUAUCAUGUGAGCUGCUUACGUCAGAUGUUGGCCAGAUAAAUGACAGACUGGGAGAAGAUGAGAACCUGCUGAUGAAACUUUACGGCUUCCUCCAGAAUGAGCCUCCUCUCAACCCACUCCUGGCCAGCUUCUUCUCCAAGGUCCUGUCCAUUCUUAUAGGACGCAAGCCUGAGCAGAUAGUGGAGUUUCUGCGAAAGCGGGAAGACUUUGUCGACCUGAUGAUCAAACACAUCGGGACGUCUGCCAUCAUGGACCUGCUGCUCAGAAUGCUCACCUGCAUUGAACCACAACAGCUGCGACAGGAUGUUCUCAAUUGGCUGAAUGAAGAGAAGGUGAUUCAGAGACUGGUAGAUAUGGUACAGCCGUCUCAAGAUGAAGAUAGACACUCCAAUGCCUCCCAGUCGCUGUGCGAGAUCAUCAGACUGAGCAGAGAUCAGAUGUUCCAGGUCCAGGGCUGCUCAGAGCCUGACCCACUUCUGGCCACACUUGAAAAGCAGGAGACGGUGGAGCAGCUGCUGUCUAACAUCUUCGACAAGGAAAAGAGUGAAUCUGCAAUCGUCAGUGUUAUCCAGAUCCUCCUCACACUGUUCGAGACCAGGAGACCAGCUUUCGAGGGUCACAUGGAUUGCCCACCGGGGAUGUCCCAUCCUUCGUUUUCAGUCAACCACAGCAUCCUGGAGGCUGUGAGACCCCGACUCAAAGACUUUCACCAGCUGCUAGUGGAACCUCCAAAGAAGAAUGUGAUGAAAACAACAUGGGGGGUGCUGGACCCUCCAGUGGGCAACACCAGGCUCAAUGUGGUCAGACUGGUGGCCAGUCUGUUGCAGAGCAACACACACAGCAUCAACUCAGAACUCAUUAACCUCAACACACUGGAAGUCAUACUCGACAUGUAUUUCAAAUACAUCUGGAACAACUUCCUCCACAUUCAGGUGGAGAUCUGCACAGCCAUGAUUCUGGCUAUGCCCCCCGCCCCCACUGACAUCCAGCCAGACACAGAGGAGGAGCAUGCAAGGGAGAGCAUCCUCAUCAAACAUCUGUUUCAAAAGUGCCAGUUCAUUCAGAGAAUUGCAGACGCCUGGAGUUCCAAUGAGAAAGAACAGGCUGAAGGUGGUCGGCGACGAGGCUACAUGGGUCACCUGACCAGAAUAGCCAACUCUAUAGUUCAUAACUGUGACAAAGGCCCUAAUGGACCGCAGAUACAACAGCUCAUCUCCGAGCUCCCAGUCGAAGACAGAGACAAGUGGGAGGCGUUUAUUUCUGGACAGUUGUCUGACACAAACAAAAGAAACACCAUCGACCUGGUAAACACACACCACAUCCAUUCUUCCAGUGAUGAUGAGGUGGACUUUAAAGACAGUGGCUUUCACCAGGACUCGUCUCUACAACAAGCCUUUUCUGAUUAUCAGAUGCAACAAAUGACGUCCAAUUUUAUUGAGCAGUUCGGCUUCAAUGAUGAAGAGUUUGCUGAUCAGGACGAUGUUGUGGAUAUUCCCUUUGAUAGAAUAUCAGACAUCAAUUUUUCACUGAAUACAAAUGAAAGUGCGAACAUAGCUCUGUUUGAGGCCCGCUGUAAGGAGAAGAUCCAGCAGUUUGAAGAUGCUGGUUCAGAUGAGGAAGAUAUCUGGGAUGAAAAAGAUGUCACCUUCGCACCAGAGGCACAGAGACGCCCCAGGAGUUCAGGCAGCACCGACAGCGAGGAGAGCACAGAUUCAGAGGAGGAGGAUGGAAAGAGAGAUCCAUUUGAAGCUUCCAACCCCAGCACCGAUGACCGUAUGGAGGUGGACACAGGGCCAGUGUGGACGGCCAACUUCGACGACAUCCCCAUGGACACGGGUACAUCCACAGCUCCAGCCUCCAGCCCCACUGAGCCUGCUGCCUCCUGCCCUCUGUCCUCCUCCUCCUCCCCCUCCCCCUCCACAACAGAAGGCCUUCCUGAGGCAUCAUGGAGCACCUCUCCUGCUGCCACAUCCACCUCCGAAACAGGCUGGGCUGAUUUCUCCAACUUCACCCCUGUGAGCCCUAAAGACCCGCUGAGAUGCAACUCUCCUGUUGCUAUGGAAACCAGCAUUGAGACAAUGGACCCUCUGGGGGUCAAUGCACCCAUGCAGCCUGAAGUCCCCUCAGACUGUGGCGGCUGGUUGGGAACCACUGUGGCGUCUCCCUCCCCCGCCUCACCUAAGGAUUGUGGGCGAUCCAACGUGGAGGAGGAAGCCGCCUGCUCUGAGCAGCGCAGCAUCACGGAGACGGUCAUCAAUGGCUCCAUGAAAGAAACGGUCAGCCUCACCGUUGAUGCAAAGACAGAGACCGCCGUCUUCAAGAGUGAUGAAGAGAAGAGUGCUUCGUCAGAGAAAUACUCAGUAGCGGAGUGUGAGGAUGUGGAAAGAACAGGCAUCAGCAGCUCGGCCGGAGCCUGCUGUCCCAAAACAGGUGACAAGUGUCGGUCCACUGUGGUGCUUCCCAACGGUCCUCUGGAGGAGGGGGCAGCCACAGAGGAGGCCAAACUGGACCAGAGUCCCGUGUCCUCAGAGCCAGCUGUAAAUGGGCCGGCGUGAGGGUCCUCCUAUGCCAGCCAAUGGCCAGCCUGUUCUGUCACGCAGGGCCCCUCCCGCUGGCUAGUCAGUAGAGGCCGCUGCUCAGAGCUGAACCAAUCACACGCCCCCACCAGGACCAGCAAUACUCCCCAUCGGCUCAUCACUGACAGUCGCAGACGAGUGUACAGACACAGGAUGAACUGAGACGUACUCAAAUGGAUACUAGUUUGUUUUUUUCUCCUGCAUUUGUUUAUAUACUAUUGUUCUUACGAGAUGAUGUGCGACUGAUAUCUUGCCACUCAAAAUUAAAUAGUAAUGUUGCUAUAGUUAAAGAAAUGAUUGUAUGAAUAAAAUAUUUUAUAAAAACAAAAGUAUACAGAAAACAUAAGAUGAAUUACCCCAGGAACAGGAAACAGCUGACUGGUGCCCCCGACCAACCGCUGAGCACAGCUGCUCCUUCCAAUUCAACACACAUUCUAAAAACCACACUGUGGAGAUGUUUUACUGACUUUUUUUAAUUGUAUUAUUUAUUAUGAAAGUCAAAUGAUGGUAAUGUUUAUUUCCCUCGGAGCCGUACCAACACUCUCCGCCCUUCUAUGGAGCUGCAGUCAUGCUAACCCAGCACCAGUAGUUCCCACACACUUCUCACAUUUAGAAAAUUCCAUUGCCGGCUGAAGUAUCACAACAGUCUGCAGAACCCUUUAACCAGAGAUUUAGGAAACGAGGUGGAAAGGAAAGUGCAGGCACAUGAAAUAAUAAGAGAUGGCGACGUGAUUCACAUUUGUGUAAAGAAUAGAUUUGUCCAGUCUUGAUAUGAGCUGCUUGGGACGGUUCAGACUGAGAACAGCUCCGUGUGGAGGAAACCCGGUGGUGGUGGUGGUGGUGUGGUCAAGUGCACAUUCCUGGUAUACUUGUUGAAAAAGUGACAUUCUAGUGUUUACCUGCCAAUUGUUAAGAUGGAUGAUUUAAAAAUCACUCAUAAUAUUCUUUGCAGUGUCUGAUUUGCCUUCAAAAAAUACGAAUCAUCACUCUUCCUCCCUGCACUGUUGUGUCUCUCAGCAGCCACCAGAGUGACACACCCUCACCACUGAAGGUAUUUGUGCUGUGGUGGUGAUGGUUAGGGAUGUUCAGUCCAGUUUGUUCCGUGUCCAUCUACUAAAUCAAAUCCACUCUGCUGGCCUCUGUAGAUCUAUGAGCUUUGAGCUUCGGUUUGGUCUCUACCAGCUUCUGAGACAAGUGUCCGUCUGAGGUUUUUUUUAACAUUACAAAUAUAUGAACCAAGCCGAUUGUUAGCCUACAGAGCAAAUGCGACCAUGGGCUGAUCUUAAAAUGAGUAUCACUGCAUGAAUAUCUGAGACUGACCAAGACCAACCACAUAAAGCCUUCCUUCUCUCCACUGAACCAACAAAUGAUUCAAUGUUUUGGCGUUUGAUUCCAAAAGAAAAUGUUUUUUGUAACUCAAUUUUCUGUACCAGCGUUGGAAAGGGAAUAAGCUAUUCAUGGACGACGGUACAACUCCACCCCCACGUUUUGUCUGAUUAUUACUGAAUUAAAUGUCCUCUUACUUUCUGAA